AUGAGUGAUUAUUCUUUGAAACAUUCGGUCACCCAGUAUUUGGAAGAAAUUCCUCAACAAGUGCAAAAUAGGCUGUACACAUCACCGGCCACUUGUCUGGCCAUCUAUAGAAUUUUACCACCAUUAGCCAAAUUUUUUAUCAUGGCCAUGGUUUUCAACGAAAAUGAAGUACCUUUGUUAGAUUUAGAUAAAUGGGUCAAUUCAAAUGGUAAAUUGCAGUUUCAGGAUGCAAUCAAAUCAAUGAAGUCUUUGCAUCUUCUUAUACCAAACAAGUCUUCUGGUACUUUAAUGAUCAAUCUGAACCCGACAUUCAAAAUCAGCCUGAGAAACGCAUUGACUGGGGGAGAAGUUCACAAUUCAUUUGGUAUUGUUGUAGAGGAUAAUGUAGUUAGUUUAGACUUGUUGGAUGAGUAUUCGGCUAACAAGUGGGAAACAAUACUACACUUUAUGGUCGGUACCCCACUCGCUAAAAUACCAUCUGAAAAGGUGCUGAAUCUUUUGAAACACAGUAAACUUAUGGAAGAGAUAAACUCCACCGGAGAGUUCAAGAUCACUAAUGAGGGUUUCCAAUUUCUUUUACAAGAAAUCAACUCCCAAUUAUGGACCUUAUUAUUACAAUACUUGAAAAUGAUUGAAACAUCAAAAAUGGAUUUAGUCGACGUCUUACAUUUUAUUUUCAUGUUAGGUGCAUUGGAAGUUGGUAAGGCUUACAAAAUUGAUGCGCUAAGUGAAACGCAAAGGAUCAUGUUACAAGAUAUGAGAGACUAUGGUCUGGUUUUCCAAAAGCAUUCCAAUGACAGCAUUUUCUAUCCAACUAAAUUAGCCUUGAUGUUAACCUCCGAUACAAAGACGAUCAGGUCUGCCUCCAAUGCGAUGGACAGUGUCUUGAGACAGAAUAGAGAAGAGCCGUCAGUGAAUGAAGACGGUACCAAUGGUAAAUCUUCGACAGAUACCACAACAUCAGAUGAUUUGAAUAAAGCUGGUCUAAAAAAUCAAGAUAUACCUGACGGCUCAUUAAUUGUGGAAACAAACUUUAAAAUAUAUUCAUAUUCUAAUUCCCCUUUACAGAUUGCUGUUUUGUCUCUUUUUGUUCAUUUAAAGGCAAGAUUUGUCAAUAUGGUAUUGGGUCAAAUAACAAGAGAAUCUAUAAGGAGAGCAUUAACUAAUGGUAUCACUGCAGAACAGAUUAUUGCAUAUCUAGAGACACACGCACAUCCUCAAAUGAGGAGGCUAGCUGAAGAAAAGCUGGAAAAAAAACUAGAGUUGGACCCUAACUGCAAAGAGCCUUUACAAGUUUUACCUCCGACUGUGGUGGAUCAAAUUAGAUUGUGGCAACUAGAAUUAGAUAGAGUUAUAACGUAUGAAGGUUCGCUGUAUUCUGACUUCGAAACCAGCCAAGAAUACAACUUGCUUAGUAAGUAUGCUCAGGAUAUUGGUGUUUUGUUAUGGAAAGAUGACAAAAAGAAGAAAUUUUUCAUUUCAAAGGAAGGUAAUUCUCAAGUUCUUGAUUUCGCUAAGAGAAAGUUGAAAAAGAAACAAUAA